UGGACAUUUUCCUAUAAAUUCCAAGUAAAAUUCGGGAGAUCCCCGUGAAUGCAUGUCCUUACCUGAUUCUUUUCUUUGUCAUAAUGAGUCGCGAAGUUCUAUCUCCUCCUGUCCAAACGAUGAGCCAAAACCGUCGCUAUAGGGUUAACGUGGUGCACGAAGACUUCGGAGGAGACAAGUGGAACGGCCAAAAUAAUCGAGCUAAAGGAGCAAACGGGACCUACCAGGAGCCAGAUCUUUAUGGCGACGACGACGACGACGAGGAUGACCCGGCUGCCAGCAACAUUGAGGAGACACCAAAUGGCGAUUUCAAGCUUGCUCUUCACGUUCCCAAAUCAUUCUAUGGUGGCUUAAUUGGCAUGAAAGGCUCCACUAAGCGUCGCAUCGAGGAGGAGACCAGGUGCGAGAUCUAUGUUCCACGUCAGAACGAGAAAUCCAAUGCCGUGAUAGUCAGGGCCAAACAACGCAGCCAGGUGUGCGCUGCACUGCGUCAAAUCCGCCACCUACUUGCCUCCCUGCGCAAGAAGAUGAAACCCACCCACUUUUUGGCCGUAGCUCUGAACUCCGGCAAAGUCCAGGAGCAUUAUGUGGAGCUUAAGAAAAGCAUUCUGGAGGCUCAGUUGCCGGGAAUCGACGAGGAGCUGUUCAUCUCGGAGCGCUGCAUCCACCUCACCCUGGGUGUCUAUGUGCUGCUAGACGACGACGAGCGCCAAAGGGCCCUCAAUGAGUUGGAGUUUUGUCGUCAGUUUCUGGCUGACCUCAAAACCCCAUUCGACGUGAAGGUCAAGGGCUUGGAGAUUAUGAACGACGAUCCCAGCUCGACUCGCGUUCUAUAUGGUCGUAUCGUGUCUCCGGACUUGCAGAAGUUCGCGGACAAGUGCCUGGCCCACUUCCAAACCACCGGCCUGUGUGCCACGGACAACAACGAUCGUGAAUCCAUUAAGCUGCACAUGACGCUGAUGAACAACCGCUACCGCAAGGAGGCAAUGAAGUCCGGGAACAGCUUUGAUGCCCGCGAGAUCCUCAAGCGCUUUGGGGACUUUGACUUCGGAUCAGCGCAGUGCCAGGCCGUCCACCUGUGCGUCUUGAAAUCGCGUGGGGAGGACGAAUUUUACAAGAUCUCGGGCAGUUUGGAGUUUUAAAUCCAUUUUUUUGUACAACUCUCCGAUUUUUUUUUCAUUUGUAUAGAAGAGGAUUGUACAAGAUCAUUUGCUAAAUAUCCAAAUAUGAUUUUCGAUUUGUGUACUAAAGGAUUGUACAAGAUCAUUUACUAAAUGCCCAACUAUGUAACAUAUUCCAAUAAACGUAAUCAAUUUUCUUCUAAAGAACAAAGUGGCACCUUUGUAAUCAAAUACAAAGUGCUGCAUUUUAAAUGGUCUACAAGAUAUGUGACAGUCUGGUGUUUUAAGAAACGACUCAAUAAAUAUAACUACAACAUAUAA